AUGUUUGGCUUUGGCUCGUCCAUCUUCAGCUCUGCCUCCACUUUGAUAACAUCAGUUGUUCAGGACGAGCCCCGGACCACACCGCCAGCUUCCCCCAAGAUGCCCCCUGCAAAGGAGACCAAACUACCUGCUGCUCAGAAAGCAGAGGAGAAGAAAUCAGCGCAUCCCCAGAAGGCCAAUGUCCCCCCAUCAGUACAUGCCAAAGUGGACAAACCCCCAUCAGCUCCUCCAAAGGGAGCAGCAUCCUCCCAACCAGCACCCAAAGCAGGCCAAUCUACCUGUCCACUCUGCAAGGUGGAACUCAACAAGGGCUCCAAGGACCCUCCCAACUACAAGACCUGCACAGAAUGCAAGAACACUGUCUGCAACCUCUGUGGAUUUAACCCCAUGCCACAUGAAACAGUGAAGGAAUGGCUCUGUCUGACCUGCCAGAUGCAGAGAGCACUUGGAGCAGUGGAACCCCCAGGACCUCCCAUGAUGAAAUCCCAACCGUUGCCCAGCAUAGUCUCUACACCUGUUGCACUUCAAAAGGAGAAUGUCACACCUGCUGCAUCUCCAAAGCCGACUCCAGCUCCAGCUAAACCCCAGAAGGAGGAGAUCCCAGUACCUGCGGCUGGCCAACAAGAGAUCACUCCACCCACUGUACCUCAGGAGACACCAAUUCCCGCUGGAACCCCAGCACCAAAUGCAGACAAAAAGGAGGAGACCCCACCACUAGGAUCCUCACAAAAUAAACAAGCUUCACCUGCUCUGGCUAAGAAGGAGAAUCAAGAACCUAUAAUUGUACAGAAACCAGUGGACCAACCAAUUCCAGCAACACCCAAAACCAGUGGAGCUGCUACACCUGUACAGCAGCCAGACAAGCAAACUCCUCCACUGCAACAGCCUGCUUCAAAGGCAUCACAACAAGUACAGCCCCAGCAAGCUCCAAAGCCAGACCUCGAAACUGCCCCCCUGAAGGAGCCAAUGACUCCUGCUUCAGAGAAAGAGAAGAAGAACCCAGCACCAGGGUCACCACAGAAGGAAUUAUCUCCAGCAGUGGCUUCACAGCAGGACAAAAUGCCAGUGGACAAAUCAACUCCAAUCCCUGUCCAACAUCCUCCACACCAAGAGACUCCACAACAACAAGAGCAACAACGUCAGCCUCUAACAGCGACACCGAAAGGAGAGCCUGGGAAGCCUCAACAACAGCUUCCAAAAGGUGGAGCCUCUUAUGCAAAAUCUGUACCACCACCACAGGCCCAGCCCCCCAAGCAGGAGUCAGGAGGCUUCUUUGGCUUUGGUGGUGCUAAAUCUCAGCCUGCUCAGUCAAAGCCUGAAGACUCAGUGUCUGGGAAGAUGCUUGGCUUUGGCUCCUCUAUCUUCAGCUCUGCAUCCACUUUGAUCACCUCAGCUGUUCAGGAUGAGCACCGCACCACACCUCCAGCUUCCCCCAAGGUGUCUAUGACUCCUGCUUUAGUGAAAGAGACCCCAGCAGCAGGCUCGUCACAGAAGAAGGAGGUAUCCCCGACAGUGGUUUGCCAGCAGGACCAGAAGCCAGUGGACAGACCGACUCCAACACUUGUCCAACAACCUCCACAACAGAAGACUCUACAACAACAAGGACAGCCUCCACAGCCCUCAGCAGAGGCACCAAAAUCAGAGCCUGAUAUAUCAAUAGUUGAAGCUGCUACAGCAGCAGACACUCAAAAUCCGGAAUCAGGAGGCUUAUUUGGCUUUGGAGGUCCCAAAUCUCAGUCUGCCUCCUCAAAGCCUGAAGAGUCAGUGUCUGGGAAGAUGUUUGGCUUUGGCUCGUCCAUCUUCAGCUCUGCCUCCACUUUGAUAACAUCAGUUGUUCAGGACGAGCCCCGGACCACACCGCCAGCUUCCCCCAAGAUGCCCCCUGCAAAGGAGACCAAACUACCUGCUGCUCAGAAAGCAGAGGAGAAGAAAUCAGCGCAUCCCCAGAAGGCCAAUGUCCCCCCAUCAGUACAUGCCAAAGUGGACAAACCCCCAUCAGCUCCUCCAAAGGGAGCAGCAUCCUCCCAACCAGCACCCAAAGCAGGCCAAUCUACCUGUCCACUCUGCAAGGUGGAACUCAACAAGGGCUCCAAGGACCCUCCCAACUACAAGACCUGCACAGAAUGCAAGAACACUGUCUGCAACCUCUGUGGAUUUAACCCCAUGCCACAUGAAACAGUGAAGGAAUGGCUCUGUCUGACCUGCCAGAUGCAGAGAGCACUUGGAGCAGUGGAACCCCCAGGACCUCCCAUGAUGAAAUCCCAACCGUUGCCCAGCAUAGUCUCUACACCUGUUGCACUUCAAAAGGAGAAUGUCACACCUGCUGCAUCUCCAAAGCCGACUCCAGCUCCAGCUAAACCCCAGAAGGAGGAGAUCCCAGUACCUGCGGCUGGCCAACAAGAGAUCACUCCACCCACUGUACCUCAGGAGACACCAAUUCCCGCUGGAACCCCAGCACCAAAUGCAGACAAAAAGGAGGAGACCCCACCACUAGGAUCCUCACAAAAUAAACAAGCUUCACCUGCUCUGGCUAAGAAGGAGAAUCAAGAACCUAUAAUUGUACAGAAACCAGUGGACCAACCAAUUCCAGCAACACCCAAAACCAGUGGAGCUGCUACACCUGUACAGCAGCCAGACAAGCAAACUCCUCCACUGCAACAGCCUGCUUCAAAGGCAUCACAACAAGUACAGCCCCAGCAAGCUCCAAAGCCAGACCUCGAAACUGCCCCCCUGAAGGAGCCAAUGACUCCUGCUUCAGAGAAAGAGAAGAAGAACCCAGCACCAGGGUCACCACAGAAGGAAUUAUCUCCAGCAGUGGCUUCACAGCAGGACAAAAUGCCAGUGGACAAAUCAACUCCAAUCCCUGUCCAACAUCCUCCACACCAAGAGACUCCACAACAACAAGAGCAACAACGUCAGCCUCUAACAGCGACACCGAAAGGAGAGCCUGGGAAGCCUCAACAACAGCUUCCAAAAGGUGGAGCCUCUUAUGCAAAAUCUGUACCACCACCACAGGCCCAGCCCCCCAAGCAGGAGUCAGGAGGCUUCUUUGGCUUUGGUGGUGCUAAAUCUCAGCCUGCUCAGUCAAAGCCUGAAGACUCAGUGUCUGGGAAGAUGCUUGGCUUUGGCUCCUCUAUCUUCAGCUCUGCAUCCACUUUGAUCACCUCAGCUGUUCAGGAUGAGCACCGCACCACACCUCCAGCUUCCCCCAAGGUGUCUAUGACUCCUGCUUCAGUGAAAGAGACCCCAGCAGCAGGCUCGUCACAGAAGAAGGAGGUAUCCCCGACAGUGGUUUGCCAGCAGGACCAGAAGCCAGUGGACAGACCGACUCCAACACUUGUCCAACAACCUCCACAACAGAAGACUCUACAACAACAAGGACAGCCUCCACAGCCCUCAGCAGAGGCACCAAAAUCAGAGCCUGAUAUAUCAAUAGUUGAAGCUGCUACAGCAGCAGACACUCAAAAUCCGGCAAGCCCAGUGCCUGCUCAGAAGGCUCCACUGGAGAACCGGAGAACAUCAGAACCUCAUAAACCACCACAGCAGCCCAGCCCUGGGCGUAGGGAGAGUAGUGCCUUCCCAGCCACAAAGCAACCCCCAAGCAGGAAUCAGGAGGCUUAUUUGGCUUUGGAGCUCUGCCUCCACUUUGAUAACAUCAGUUGUUCAGGACGAGCCCCGGACCACACCGCCAGCUUCCCCCAAGAUGCCCCCUGCAAAGGAGACCAAACUACCUGCUGCUCAGAAAGCAGAGGAGAAGAAAUCAGCGCAUCCCCAGAAGGCCAAUGUCCCCCAUCAGUACAUGCCAAAGUGGACAAACCCCCAUCAGCUCCUCCAAAGGGAGCAGCAUCCUCCCAACCAGCACCCAAAGCAGGCCAAUCUACCUGUCCACUCUGCAAGGUGGAACUCAACAAGGGCUCCAAGGACCCUCCCAACUACAAGACCUGCACAGAAUGCAAGAACACUGUCUGCAACCUCUGUGGAUUUAACCCCAUGCCACAUGAAACAGUGAAGGAAUGGCUCUGUCUGACCUGCCAGAUGCAGAGAGCACUUGGAGCAGUGGAACCCCCAGGACCUCCCAUGAUGAAAUCCCAACCGUUGCCCAGCAUAGUCUCUACACCUGUUGCACUUCAAAAGGAGAAUGUCACACCUGCUGCAUCUCCAAAGCCGACUCCAGCUCCAGCUAAACCCCAGAAGGAGGAGAUCCCAGUACCUGCGGCUGGCCAACAAGAGAUCACUCCACCCACUGUACCUCAGGAGACACCAAUUCCCGCUGGAACCCCAGCACCAAAUGCAGACAAAAAGGAGGAGACCCCACCACUAGGAUCCUCACAAAAUAAACAAGCUUCACCUGCUCUGGCUGAGAAGGAGAAUCAAGAACCUAUAAUUGUACAGAAACCAGUGGACCAACCAAUUCCAGCAACACCCAAAACCAGUGGAGCUGCUACACCUGUACAGCAGCCAGACAAGCAAACUCCUCCACUGCAACAGCCUGCUUCAAAGGUAUCACAACAAGUACAGCCCCAGCAAGCUCCAAAGCCUGACCUCGAAACUGCCCCCCUGAAGGAGCCAAUGACUCCUGCUUCAGAGAAAGAGAAGAAGAACCCAGCACCAGGGUCACCACAGAAGGAAUUAUCUCCAGCAGUGGCUUCACAGCAGGACAAAAUGCCAGUGGACAAAUCAACUCCAAUCCCUGUCCAACAUCCUCCACACCAAGAGACUCCACAACAACAAGAGCAACAACGUCAGCCUCUAACAGCGACACCGAAAGGAGAGCCUGGGAAGCCUCAACAACAGCUUCCAAAAGGUGGAGCCUCUUAUGCAAAAUCUGUACCACCACCACAGGCCCAGCCCCCCAAGCAGGAGUCAGGAGGCUUCUUUGGCUUUGGUGGUGCUAAAUCUCAGCCUGCUCAGUCAAAGCCUGAAGACUCAGUGUCUGGGAAGAUGCUUGGCUUUGGCUCCUCUAUCUUCAGCUCUGCAUCCACUUUGAUCACCUCAGCUGUUCAGGAUGAGCACCGCACCACACCUCCAGCUUCCCCCAAGGUGUCUAUGACUCCUGCUUUAGUGAAAGAGACCCCAGCAGCAGGCUCGUCACAGAAGAAGGAGGUAUCCCCGACAGUGGUUUGCCAGCAGGACCAGAAGCCAGUGGACAGACCGACUCCAACACUUGUCCAACAACCUCCACAACAGAAGACUCUACAACAACAAGGACAGCCUCCGCAGCCCUCAGCAGAGGCACCAAAAUCAGAGCCUGAUAUAUCAAUAGUUGAAGCUGCUACAGCAGCAGACACUCAAAAUCCGGCAAGCCCAGUGCCUGCUCAGAAGGCUCCACUGGAGAACCGGAGAACAUCAGAACCUCAUAAACCACCACAGCAGCCCAGCCCUGGGCGUAGGGAGAGACUCUGCCUCCACUUUGAUAACAUCAGUUGUUCAGGACGAGCCCCGGACCACACCGCCAGCUUCCCCAAGAUGCCCCCUGCAAAGGAGACCAAACUACCUGCUGCUCAGAAAGCAGAGGAGAAGAAAUCAGCGCAUCCCCAGAAGGCCAAUGAGCCAAUGACUCCUGCUUCAGAGAAAGAGAAGAAGAACCCAGCACCAGGGUCACCACAGAAGGAAUUAUCUCCAGCAGUGGCUUCACAGCAGGACAAAAUGCCAGUGGACAAAUCAACUCCAAUCCCUGUCCAACAUCCUCCACACCAAGAGACUCCACAACAACAAGAGCAACAACGUCAGCCUCUAACAGCGACACCGAAAGGAGAGCCUGGGAAGCCUCAACAACAGCUUCCAAAAGGUGGAGCCUCUUAUGCAAAAUCUGUACCACCACCACAGGCCCAGCCCCCCAAGCAGGAGUCAGGAGGCUUCUUUGGCUUUGGUGGUGCUAAAUCUCAGCCUGCUCAGUCAAAGCCUGAAGACUCAGUGUCUGGGAAGAUGCUUGGCUUUGGCUCCUCUAUCUUCAGCUCUGCAUCCACUUUGAUCACCUCAGCUGUUCAGGAUGAGCACCGCACCACACCUCCAGCUUCCCCCAAGGUGUCUAUGACUCCUGCUUUAGUGAAAGAGACCCCAGCAGCAGGCUCGUCACAGAAGAAGGAGGUAUCCCCGACAGUGGUUUGCCAGCAGGACCAGAAGCCAGUGGACAGACCGACUCCAACACUUGUCCAACAACCUCCACAACAGAAGACUCUACAACAACAAGGACAGCCUCCGCAGCCCUCAGCAGAGGCACCAAAAUCAGAGCCUGAUAUAUCAAUAGUUGAAGCUGCUACAGCAGCAGACACUCAAAAUCCGGCAAGCCCAGUGCCUGCUCAGAAGGCUCCACUGGAGAACCGGAGAACAUCAGAACCUCAUAAACCACCACAGCAGCCCAGCCCUGGGCGUAGGGAGAGUAGUGCCUUCCCAGCCACAAAGCAACCCCCCAAGCAGGAAUCAGGAGGCUUAUUUGGCUUUGGAGGUCCCAAAUCUCAGUCUGCCUCCUCAAAGCCUGAAGAGUCAGUGUCUGGGAAGAUGUUUGGCUUUGGCUCGUCCAUCUUCAGCUCUGCCUCCACUUUGAUAACAUCAGUUGUUCAGGACGAGCCCCGGACCACACCGCCAGCUUCCCCCAAGAUGCCCCCUGCAAAGGAGACCAAACUACCUGCUGCUCAGAAAGCAGAGGAGAAGAAAUCAGCGCAUCCCCAGAAGGCCAAUGUCCCCCCAUCAGUACAUGCCAAAGUGGACAAACCCCCAUCAGCUCCUCCAAAGGGAGCAGCAUCCUCCCAACCAGCACCCAAAGCAGGCCAAUCUACCUGUCCACUCUGCAAGGUGGAACUCAACAAGGGCUCCAAGGACCCUCCCAACUACAAGACCUGCACAGAAUGCAAGAACACUGUCUGCAACCUCUGUGGAUUUAACCCCAUGCCACAUGAAACAUGUCGAACUGCAUGUGAAGGAAUGGCUCUGUCUGACCUGCCAGAUGCAGAGAGCACUUGGAGCAGUGGAACCCCAGGACCUCCCAUGAUGAAAUCCCAACCGUUGCCCAGCAUAGUCUCUACACCUGUUGCACUUCAAAAGGAGAAUGUCACACCUGCUGCAUCUCCAAAGCCGACUCCAGCUCCAGCUAAACCCCAGAAGGAGGAGAUCCCAGUACCUGCGGCUGGCCAACAAGAGAUCACUCCACCCACUGUACCUCAGGAGACACCAAUUCCCGCUGGAACCCCAGCACCAAAUGCAGACAAAAAGGAGGAGACCCCACCACUAGGAUCCUCACAAAAUAAACAAGCUUCACCUGCUCUGGCUGAGAAGGAGAAUCAAGAACCUAUAAUUGUACAGAAACCAGUGGACCAACCAAUUCCAGCAACACCCAAAACCAGUGGAGCUGCUACACCUGUACAGCAGCCAGACAAGCAAACUCCUCCACUGCAACAGCCUGCUUCAAAGGUAUCACAACAAGUACAGCCCCAGCAAGCUCCAAAGCCUGACCUCGAAACUGCCCCCCUGAAGGAGCCAAUGACUCCUGCUUCAGAGAAAGAGAAGAAGAACCCAGCACCAGGGUCACCACAGAAGGAAUUAUCUCCAGCAGUGGCUUCACAGCAGGACAAAAUGCCAGUGGACAAAUCAACUCCAAUCCCUGUCCAACAUCCUCCACACCAAGAGACUCCACAACAACAAGAGCAACAACGUCAGCCUCUAACAGCGACACCGAAAGGAGAGCCUGGGAAGCCUCAACAACAGCUUCCAAAAGGUGGAGCCUCUUAUGCAAAAUCUGUACCACCACCACAGGCCCAGCCCCCCAAGCAGGAGUCAGGAGGCUUCUUUGGCUUUGGUGGUGCUAAAUCUCAGCCUGCUCAGUCAAAGCCUGAAGACUCAGUGUCUGGGAAGAUGCUUGGCUUUGGCUCCUCUAUCUUCAGCUCUGCAUCCACUUUGAUCACCUCAGCUGUUCAGGAUGAGCACCGCACCACACCUCCAGCUUCCCCCAAGGUGUCUAUGACUCCUGCUUCAGUGAAAGAGACCCCAGCAGCAGGCUCGUCACAGAAGAAGGAGGUAUCCCCGACAGUGGUUUGCCAGCAGGACCAGAAGCCAGUGGACAGACCGACUCCAACACUUGUCCAACAACCUCCACAACAGAAGACUCUACAACAACAAGGACAGCCUCCGCAGCCCUCAGCAGAGGCACCAAAAUCAGAGCCUGAUAUAUCAAUAGUUGAAGCUGCUACAGCAGCAGACACUCAAAAUCCGGAAUCAGGAGGCUUAUUUGGCUUUGGAGGUCCCAAAUCUCAGUCUGCCUCCUCAAAGCCUGAAGAGUCAGUGUCUGGGAAGAUGUUUGGCUUUGGCUCGUCCAUCUUCAGCUCUGCCUCCACUUUGAUAACAUCAGUUGUUCAGGACGAGCCCCGGACCACACCGCCAGCUUCCCCCAAGAUGCCCCCUGCAAAGGAGACCAAACUACCUGCUGCUCAGAAAGCAGAGGAGAAGAAAGCAGCGCAUCCCCAGAAGGCCAAUGUCCCCCCAUCAGUACAUGCCAAAGUGGACAAACCCCCAUCAGCUCCUCCAAAGGGAGCAGCAUCCUCCCAACCAGCACCCAAAGCAGGCCAAUCUACCUGUCCACUCUGCAAGGUGGAACUCAACAAGGGCUCCAAGGACCCUCCCAACUACAAGACCUGCACAGAAUGCAAGAACACUGUCUGCAACCUCUGUGGAUUUAACCCCAUGCCACAUGAAACAGAGAUUAAGGAAUGGCUGUGUCUGAACUGCCAGACCCAGAGGGCUCUCUCUGGACAACUGGGAGACAUGGGAAAGAUGGCCCAGUCACAACCCAUCAAGAACCAGGCCCAGCCCACACCACUCCCUGUAGUCGCAACCACCAAGACAGAGCCCCAGCCUCCAGCAGCAGUAAGCAGCAAGGCCCAGCCUUUCUCUAAAACACAGCCCCCAUCCCAGGCUGUGCCUCUCACCUCAGUGCCCACUCCGCCUACACCAAUACCUGGCCUUGCACAAAUGGAACCAAAGAUGGAAGUCCCCAAGGCUGAUGCUCCCAUGACUGUCGCCAAGGCUGAAGCUCCCAUGACUGUCCCCAAGGCUGAAGCUCCCAUGACUGUCGCCAAGGCUGAGGCUCCUGAGACGGAAGUCCGUAAGGCGGAGACAGAGGCACCAAAAAUGGAGCCUUCUGUGGCAGAGUUUCCUAAGGCUUUGCUGCCUAAACCUGUACCACCUAAAUCUGAACCACCCAAAACUGAUGCUCCAGCAGUAGAUGCUUCAGUUGCCUCUGUCCUAGUGACUGAGGCCAUGACUCCUCCUGCUCCUCUAUCCACCACAGUGGCUACUCCAGCCACUGUGGAGGAGAAGCCAGAGGCUGAGGCUCAACCAAAAGAGCUACCUAAACUAGCAGAGGAGAAGGUUGAGAAGCAACCGAAACAACAGGAACCACUUUAUGUUGCUCCACAACCAGUCCAAACUAUCAAGGAAGUGGCCACUCCAUUGGUUGAAAAGGUGGAUGAUGUCCUUCCUGAACCUCAGCAGAUACUCACUGAGAAGGAGACGGUGAAGGUGAAGGAGAAAGAGCCAACUGCAGCCUCCCUCCUAGCAGACCAGGUAGUAGCUGAGGUACCAUCCAGCCCAGCCAGUUCAUUUGAGGCUGACAUCAAGCAUGAGGACUAUAGUGACAAGUCCCAGGAUGGACCAGACAUAUUUCCCAUCUCACAGGGCUCCUACACCUCCGAGGGGGAGCUGGAUGAGUUGCAGACAGUCAGAGAUGUCCCUAUCAUGGACACAACCCCUGACACAGCCAUGCCUGCCAAGGAGGAGGGGAAUGGGGCAAAGAGGCUUCUGAGUUAUGUGCCGAUGGAGGAGAGCAGCGGGAGCGAACCCUCUCCCUCGCCCAAGCUCCAGAGACGGAGGUUAAGUGCGAUAGCAGUCAGCACGGCAGCCUCAUCCAGCAGCGAGGACUACAAAGAUGACAGCCCUACAGACAGCCCUCCAGACAGCCCAGACUCAUUCGUGAAUGAGGAGGAGUUAAUACGCAGGCAGAUCAUGGGGAUGAUGGGAGAGGAGAUGUCUCUCUCAGAGGAGGAGGAAAAAGAAGAGAAAGAGGUCAGAGUGGAGGAGACCAUGGAUGCUGUGGUGGAUAACACAUCAUGUAAAUCCAAGCCUCUGUUAAAAAAAGGCAGUAUAGAUGAUGAAGACAGCCCAGCCAGGAUACCUUCUCUCCCAGGGUCUGAGCCUAAAUCUAUUGUAGAGAGUGCUGAACUCCAUGAGCAAAUCACUGUGUAUAAGAAAGCCAUGCCGAUGACACCGCAGAGAAGAAAGAUCAUGGACGAUGGGGAUUCAGAGGUGGAGAGCAUCACAGAUUCUCUGGAGGACAGGUCCAAAGGUGAGGGGUCAUCCAGCGUCCAAGUGUCCAGCUUCACCCCUGGAACCUCCCCCACCUCAGCCUCUUCUCUGGAGGAGGACAGCGACAGCAGCCCCAGCCACAAGAGGAGUGGGGAGGGGAAACAGCCCCGCAAGGCCAAGCACAGGCAUACCGGCCAGCCAUUCCCCACCAUCGAGGACUCGUCAGAGGAGGAGGAGCUCAGGGAGGAGGAGGAUCACCCCAGGGAGCAGGAGAAACCGAAGGAUUUGGACCAGCAGCAGGGGAAGAGGAUCUCCAAGAAGUCCAAAAGGGAUAAAGAUGAUCUCCGAGCUCAGAGGAGAAGGAAUCUCCCUCUAACCUCACCCUGUAACCUGUCUUCCAUUGAAGACGCCUCUCCCACUGAGGAGGCAAGGCAGGCUAGGGAGAUGGAAGCGCUUCACAGGACAUCAGUCUCUGACUAUUUUCCUAGCAUGGAGUCUGAUUCAGACGCCUUUCACACAGAGACCAGGAUAGUUGUCCCUGAAGGACAGAAGUUCAGUACUGCAAAGCCACUAAAGAGUGCAGAGGAUGAAUAUGAGGAGAUGCUUCAGAUAGCUAGAUCUCCUAAAGGAGAGACAGAGCCAUUCCCUGAGAUAGAGCUACUUUACGAAGGCAUGGCCAUAGAGGACUACCUCUACGAAUCCCUAGUGGAGGAGCCUGAAGCUAAACGUACUUCAGCCCCACCGGAGCAGCCCAGUAAAGACCACGCUAAAGAGCCAGGGAAGAAAGGUUUGAGGUCUCCUGAAGAGGUGUAUGAGGAGAUGAUGCUGAAGAAGAAGGAACUGAUGUUGAUAGAGAAAGAGUUUCAGACGGUUCAGUCAGCUAUCAACACUCCUAAUCCUGAGAUACAUGUUACUGCGCCAUCCUCUGCUGCAGCUGAGAGCUGCAAAGUUGGUGAGGCCGAGGGAGAGAAGCCUAUGUUAGAUGCUGGUUCUACCUACGUUAAGAGGAAGAAACGUCCUGCUCCACCACGACCCUCUGAACCUCCUAAACGGCCCGAGGUCUAUGUUGCCAAGCCAACAGUUCCUCAGGAUAUGACUAUGAGGAGGGCUCUUUUCCCCAUACCGGACUUGAAGAUCACCCAGUGUUCCUCUGGAGAGGAUGAGACGGACGAUAGUAUAGUAGAGGAGUAUGGAGUGGGAGUGUCCUCUGAUAUUACCCCUAGUUAUGAGUCUGAGACUAAAAAAGAGCUAGAGUACACUUCAGUUUCAGAGCUUGCACCAACAACAGAGGUAGCUGACAUUGAACCCAUCACUGUGGUGUGUGAGGUUUCCCCAGCUAAUGCUACUCCAGCUCCUGUCUUUGCCCCUGAGACAGUUCUAGCCCCCAGUACGACCACCACACCUUCACAGGUCUCUCCUGUAUCACCUCCUACCUCACCAUCGACUCCAGACUCAAGUCUAGCCUCCAACGCUACGUCCUCCACCUCUUUCCAAGCUCGAAGUCCUCUCUCUUCCGACUCUACUGCAGUGUCUACUCCGACACCAGACUUGGCCAAAGCAGCAGGUCCCUUUGCUGCUCAGCCGCCUAUUGAUAUCUCCCCUCCUUCUAUCGCUCCCAUUAUGGCUGUUUCUCCAACCACAGUUUUGGUCACAAUACAAGAUCUGGUUACAGAUCCAAUCCAAGCACCAACACCAGCUACAACUACAGCCGAUGCUGCAGCUUCUCCAGCCCAAGCCCCAGCCCCUGCCUCAACCCGUGUCUCAGCACCUGCCUCAGUGGUGGUACAGAUACCUGAUCCAUAUGCAGUCCAAAUACCAGACCUGGUUAGAUCUCCAUCCCAGAUGGCUGCUCAGGUUCUACCUUCUGUGCAGGUCAGGGCACAAACUCCAAUACCAAGCCCAGUACAUUCUCAAGCAAAAUCUCCAGUCCCAGCUGCUCCCAGUGCUGUGCCAACUCCAGUCUCUGCUCCAACUCCUGCUCCAGCUCCAGUUGUAGUCCAAAUGCCAGACAUGGCUACCAUCACCUCUCCAGUUUCACCCCAAGCCCCACUACCUGCAUCAGCCCCAGCUCCUGCCCAGGCUACAGUGGUGCAGUCAGUCCCUGUCCAGGCUGCUGCUCCAGCCCCAGUAGUAGUCCCAGCUGCAGGGACACCCCGAAUCCAGAGACAAGCCUCCACCAAAAAAGCCCCACCUCCUCCUCCACCUCGCUCUAUGUCAGUCUCCCUGCCCCAGACCUCAGCAGGGCCUACCUCAAUCAGGGCUGUCCAACAUGUCUCCCCGACCAUGACCACCGCUAUAGCCAUUGGAGCAGGUCUGCCUAGCCAGCCCAUACAGUCUGUGGUGGUGGAUAUACAGCCGCAGGUGGAGCAGGUCAGGCCAAAGGGUGAUGCUGGCCCUCAGGUCAUGAUGACCCCAACCAGACAGGGGCAUGUGGUCAUCAUAGUUCCUAAUGUGGAGAACAUGUCGGUGCUCAGCCAGUCGACCCAAGACCUGGCAUACUCAGUGGCAAUAACUACCACUUCUACUGUUGAUGGGGGGCCUGUGGUUGUGAGUGUUGCUCCUUUCCCUACUGCUCCCUCUGUUCCUGCUGUACCCAGCUCAGACACAUGUAUACCUGUGGCAGAUACACCACCACCUCCCACUCCUCCACCACCUCCUGCCACCUUACCCAAGCCAGCGGUUUAUCCCAAAAAGUAUUCUGUUUCCACCCCACCUUCAGUCCCAACCACAGUAUCAGUCUCAACUGCUGUGACAAUGACACAGGGAACUGUAACAACCACAGGCCCCAGUACAGUACACAAGGCAUCUGCACCCCCUCCCGUCCCUCCCAAGCCUGUGUCCAUCCCUGCAGGGCUGGUGUUCAGCCACCGUCCAGGGGAAAGCAUCAAACCACCAGUGUUUCCCACCGCUAGCCACACUCUUCCCAGGACCAGAGAAGUGGUACCAAACGCCAGCAUAGCACAGCCAUUCACAGCCACAACACUGCCCAGGACCAGAGAACCUCCCAAUGCCCUGUAUCUGAGUCUGACCACCCCAGUGGAGCCCAAGAUGAGUGCUGCCUCUCCCAGGUCCCCUCUGUCUCCGAGGUAUGCCAAUUGUCUGGAAACGUAUGUGGUGAUAACGCUUCCCUCAGAGCCUGGCACACCCACAGAGGGCAUCACUGUCCAAGCCCCCAUCAGGAGAGGAUCCAUCCCCUUCACUAUGCAGACAUGCCCAAUGUAUAGGACUACAACUUCAGAACAACAGUCACCCAUUACGGCCUUCUCAGCCCAGGCCACUGUCAGGAGAGCGUCAGUUCCCUCAUUGAGGCAGCUGCCACCACCAACAGCAGCAAUAGUACCAGUCGAAGUAGCAGCACCCCUAGAGGGAGUCACUGCAACAGCAAGACAGCCUUCCAUGCCAUCAGCUAUGCAGCCUGCACACGGUGUGGCUGAGGUGGUGACCAUUUCAGCAGAGUCGGAGAUGCCUAUUCAGGUAUACAGUGUCAGAGCUCCAUUAAAGAAACCGUAUAUACCUCCAACAGCCCAGCCACAACAGAAAGUGUCUGAAGUUAGGACAAUGCCAUCAGAGCCACAGGUUCCUAUAGAAGUGUCUGCAGCUCAAGCUUCUGGUAGAAGGGCAUCAAUACAUGAUGUACCUCAGCAGCCACAAUAUGUGUCUGAAGUAAUGGCUUUACCAGCAGAGCAGGUCAUACCUACAGAUGUAGUUUCAACUGAGGCCAUGCCUGGAAGAGCAUCAAUACCAUCAGAAACGCAACAACCACAAACCAUGGGAGAGUUAUUAGCAAUGCCCUUAGAAGCUAUGCCCCCAACCAUCCAUCAGUCAGCAUCACUGACAGAGGUGGUAUCAACUGAGGCCAUCUCUAGAAGAGCAUCAAUACCAUCAGAAAUGUGGCAACCACAAACCAUGGCUGAGGUAAUGCCCUUACAGCAGGAGAUACCUACCGAAGCAAUUGCCAGCCAAGUCCAUGUAGAAGCUACACCCUCAACCAUGCAUCAAUCACCAUCACUGAUUGAAGUGGUUUCAACUGAGGCCAUCUCUAGAAGAGUGACAAUACCAUCAACAAUGGAGCAACCACAAACCAUGGCAGAGGUAGCAGCAAUGCCCUUACAGCAGGAGAUACCUACAGAAGCAAUUGCCAGCCAAGUCCAUGUAGAAGCUACACCCUCAACCAUGCAUCAAUCACCAUCACUGAUUGAAGUGGUUUCAACUGAGGCCAUCUCUAGGAGAGUGACAAUACCAUCAACAAUGGAGCAACCACAAACCAUGGCAGAGGUAGCAGCAAUGCCCUUACAGCAGGAGAUACCUACCGAAGCUAUUGCCAGCCAAGUCCAUGUAGAAGCUACACCCUCAACCAUGCAUCAGUCACCAUCACUGAUAGAAGUGGUUUCAACUGAGGCCAUCUAUAGCCUCGCAUCAACACCAUCACCAAUGCAGCAGCCAAAACCCAUGGCAGAGGUAGGAGCAAUGCCCUUACAGCAGGAGAUACCAUCAAUACCAUCAGCUGCACCGCAACCACAAGCAGUGGCCAAAGUGAUGACGUUGCCUUCAGAGUAUGAAAUGCCUACGGAAGUUAGAACAACUGAGGCCACUACCACUAGAAGGACAUCCAUAUACUCUGUAGCACAACAACCAUACACAGUUGCUGAAGUAACGGCUUACCCAUCAGAAUAUGAAACACCCAUCCAGGUGGUUACAACCGAGGCUAUUUCCACUACAAGAAGAGCGUCUAUAACCAUGCAGAAACCCCUUAGUAUGGCCCAGGUUAUCACGAUGCCUGCAGAGCCAGACGUAGAGGCAUAUGCUGCCCAAGUCCCAUACAGGAGAGGAUCCAUACCCUCAGCAGUGCAACCACCACAGGCAGUACCAGAAGUGCUGAUUUAUUCAUCAGCCCAUGAGACCCCCCUGGAAUUCAUUACAACUGAAGCCUACACCAGGAGAAUGUCAGUUCCAUCUAUCCAGGAGAUUCCCGAGACCGUCCCCGUGGCUCCAGUCACCUUCACCAGGAAAUUCCACCAUGAGUCAAUCGAGAGCCAGGAGAUCCAUGGGCCUGAGAAGGUGGUGAACAGCCUGAGCCACAUGUACUCCUCAUCUAUCUCCACCUCAGCCCAGCACCCGGAGAGCCUGCCCAGCCUGGUCACUCAGGUGGUCACCACCGAGGUUCAGAGAACCACGGUGUCUUUGGUCCAUGAGAGGCUGCCCCAGGUUCCUGCAUCCAAUGGAGUGGCCAUCACCAUCCAGCCAGACUUGGUUAAGGUCCAGCCCUCUCCCAAACAGAACGGCAAGAUCUACUCCGGUGAUGCCAUUGACCUCCGCACCAUUAAGAUUGGCGUGAAGAUGACCGAUUCAGGGAUGGACUUGACCCCACAGGAAUCAAGUCGCCAGUCCACCUGUAGCGACUCUAGUGGCCGACAUACAGCAGUGCAGCCAGAGAUAGUGAACUUGAGUGCUAAGAUCACCCCUUCCACCACGCUGUCUGUUGUCACUGAUAGCAUCACUAUCGUAACCUGUUCAGACACCAUUGAGUCCUACACCAGCGAGCCAGCAGAAAUACCUUUAGAUCUGCAGGGUUAUGUUGCCUCCAUGCCUCUCCCUCUCACCACAUACAAACCAUUCCAGCCUCUGGCACAGAUAGUGUACAGGCGGGUGGACUCUCCGCCUAUCAUCAACACAGUGUUAGCCACAGACACAGAGACACCAAUCAACCUGUCUUAUGGAGCCUCCAUUGUAAAUAGCAGACUUCCAGUGACCAUGGCCCCCGCUAUCACCAACGUGGGGGACAUGCUCUCAGAGCCAGCAGGGGCUGUGGAUCUGUCCACCUCUAGACCCCUCAGGGCCAUGGCAGCUCUGUCUGACAAGAGCCCUGGUGUGGUGACCACAGUCAUAGAGGAUGAUGGGACACCCAUAGAUCUGACAGCUGGGAGGAAUGUGUGCUGUGACGUCAUCUACAAGCUACCCUUCACAGGGAGCUGUAGGACCCAGCCGCCGGUUAUUACCCAACCUGACAACCGCUUCGGCUACAGAGAUGACCACUACCAGUAUGAUCAUGCUGGGGUUUAUGGCAUCAAGGGCCUGAGCGGCAAGGCCAUGUCUGAGACCAACCUGGCUGAUGCAGGACUGUUCCUCUAUGAUGGAAAGACCAGAUAUAACUAUAACGGAGCCUCGGACAGUGCAAUAGACCUGACUGCUGCUAAUAUGUCCGCAGGUGAAGCUCUAGACUACACCAGCAAAGCUGCUGGGGCGUAUACGGGGAUAUCCACUGCUCCAUAUUCCCAGGUCGCUGCUUAUAGUGUCUUUAGAUCCUCAGACGGAAUGGUAUACUCCUCCAUAGCAGCCCCUGUUCCUUCUACAUACGCCAUCACCACCCAGCCAGGGUCCAUCUUCAGCACCACCCUACCUCCUACCACCACCCUCCAGGAGCAGCCAGCACCAGCUCCACACCCCUAUGGCUUUAUUCCGACCAGCGACCCUGGCCAACAGAUCAUCAGCCUGGACACUAGCCUGCCCAAGGACCUGCUGCCCAGCGCUCUGGCUGACAUCAUGACUGGCUUCCCUGACCUGUACUCUGACCAGACACUGGAAGCCAUCGCAGCCUCUCUGGACGCCCUGGCUUCAUCGCCCAUGUUCCCCGGUCUGGAUGACAGCAAGAUCACCCAGUACCAGAUGGAGAGGGAGUUCCUGCAGCUGGAGAAGCUGAAGCAGCUGUGUCUGGCAGAGGAGCUGGAGUGGGAGAGGCAGGAGAUCCAGCGCUACCGCGAGCAGGAGCAGAUCAUGGUGCAGAGGGAACUGGAGGAGCUGCAGGCUCUGAAACAGCAGCUGUUAAUGCAACAGGAAGAGGAGCACCAGGCUCAACUAGUAGCCCAGCAAGAGACCUACAACCAGCAGAGGCAACAGUUAGAGCAGAUCCAACAACUCCAGGUGCAGCUACAGCACCAGCUAGAUGAGCAGUACAGUACUACAGGGUCAGACAACCUGCUAGAGAAGCAGUAUACAGGGGUUGGGGAUAACGGCCAAUACUGGCCUGUUAGGGAUGAGUCCACCACCUCAUCCACUGUCACCCAGCUAGAGGGUGGGCAGUAUGUAACCAGUGAGGGUCAGAGAGAGGGUGGAGGUCAGGACCAGCUGCAGCUCAGUAGGAAACAGUCGGCAGGGUCUAAGCAGCCUGGUGACCAGGGGUAUGGUACAGGAGUGGUAGGGAAGAGGAUAGUGGACAGUGGGGUCCAGACAGACGAUGAGGACUCAGUAGACAGGAUGUAUGUAGGGAGGAGGAAGAGGAACUACAGGAAGGGUGUAGACAGCAGUGUUCAGACUGAUGAUGAGGAGGACCAGGAGGUUGAGUGGGACAUGCCAGCCAGGUCGCGGCGGCGCUCCCGCUCCAGUAAGCACAGUGGUGAGGGGAAACACGGUGGCUCUAAGGUCUCCAGCAUUGCCAUCCAGACUGUGGCAGAGAUCUCUGUCCAGACCGACCACUCCGGGAGCAUCAAACGCCCCAGCAUCCAGAUGGACACUAAGGUGGAGAUCAUCAAACAUAUCUCAGCCCCAGAGAACUCUCAGAGAGGUGGCAGUCUCAGCUGCCAGACAGACGCAGACCGGCGGCACCACUCACCGGCAGACAUCACCCCCAAGUCCCCCAAGGUGCUCUACUCCACUGUGUCCACCCUCCCCUCCAGUAAGGCCAUGGAGGGAGGGCAAAAGAUGCUGACCACUGACCCGACCAGGUUUUCCUCUAGCCCUAUGAUGCUGAAGCCUGGGCAGAAGUCUAUGUCUGACCCAAAAUCUCUCAGCCAUACCACCGAGGACAGGAUAGGCUACCACUAUUCAGACAGCUACUCUGGCCAGAGCUCUUCGUCAGGCACUGGAAAGAAGGUGAAGAGAACCCUUCCCAACCCACCCCCUGAAGAUGACCCUCUGACCGGCCCGUCAGGUUACAGCACCAACUCAGCCCGCCGCCGGCUUGGCCGUCACACCACCAUGGCCCGGGCCAAGAUCCUGCAGGACAUUGACAAGGAGCUGGAUCUAGUGGAGAGAGAGUCAUCCAAGCUCCGCAGGAAACAGGCCGAGCUAGAUGAGGAGGAGAAAGAGAUUGAUGCCAAGCUGAGGUACCUUGAGAUGGGCAUCAACCGUCGUAAGGAUGCCCUGCUGCAGGAGAGGGAGAAAAGAGAGAGGGCCUACCUGCAGGGUGUGGCUGAGGAGAGAGACUACAUGUCAGACAGUGAGGUCAGCAACAUCAGGGAGACCAGAGGUAGCAAUCACGGCCUGGAGAGACCCAGGACAGCUCCCCAGUCAGAGUUUGACCAGUUCAUCCCCCCUCAGACUGAGGCUGACUCUCAGUACUCCACUCUAACCAGUCCCUACUCCCACUAUGCUCAGUAUGUCCCCCAGACCAAUGCCACCAGCCACUACCCCCAGCAGACCCUGUACCAGCAACAGGCCCUCUACCAGCAGCACCCCUACCAAAGUCAGUCAGUUUACUCCUCUGUACCCAGCCUGUCCUAUCCCCAGGCCUCCCACUCCCACCAGCAGGCCCAGCCAUCAUGCUACCAGUCCAAGAACACCACCAACUACGAGGUGAUCCGGAACCAGCCCAUCAUCAUUGUACCCUCCUCCAGCGAGGGUGGGUAUGGGGUGGGAAAGUACAACAGCCUGGAACUGAGGAUGGGUCUGGAGGAGAGGAGAAUGGCCUCCAGCCCCAUGUCUAAUAUAUCUACUGAAUCCUUCUACGCUGACAUCGACCACCACAAUGCCAGGAACUAUGUUCUGAUAGAGGACAUAGAGCAGCUGACUAAAGGCUCUGCCGGGCUGGGGUCAGGGUUCAGCCUGACUGACAAGGACCUGUCCAAGGCUGACAGGCUGCUCCGGGCCGCUGAAGCCAGGCGCACUGCAGAGGUCGCUGCGUUCCUGGGUGACUCGCGUCUGCACAGCUACGGUAAAGGAGAUGAGGACUCUAUGGAAGAGCCCUAUGAGCUGAAGCUCCUGAAGCAACAGAUAAAGCAGGAAUUUAGACGAGGGACGGAGGGUCUGGAGCACCUCUCAGGCCUGGGCAUGCCUCAGUACCUCCCCACUGACCCCAGCUAUAGACACUUCCCUAAGGCUGAGAAGUACAGCAUCAGCCGACUGACCUUGGAGAAACAAGCUGCCAAGCAGCUCCCUGCCGCCGUGCUCUACCAGAAACAGAUCAAGAACCAGAAGAAGGCAACCCUGAUGGACCCCAAGAUAACAAAAUUCUCACCCAUCCAGGAGAGCAGAGACCUGGAGCCAGACUACAGCAGCUUCCUGGGUUCUGGAGUCUCAUCUGUCACCAACCUGUCCACACGAGCCAGACUGCUUCAGGAUGAGAUCAACUUUGGCCUGAAGAAGAACCUCUCUGAGCAGCAGAAGUACCUGGGCUCCUCUCUGGGAACUAAUCUGGCUGGCUCUCUGAGCCAGUCCCUUAGCCUGGGGGGACCCACCAUGAGGUCCACCCUACAGGAUGACACCACCUACCCCAGUGGCACGAGCUCUCGCCCUUCCUCACGACCCAAUUCCCGCCCCACUUCUGUCUAUGGCCUGGAUCUUUCCAUCAAACGGGACUUGUCUAGCUCUUCUCUCCGGAUGAGGAGUGAGGGAGAAGCCCUGGAUGCAGCGUUCGGCUCCGGACUGGCCAGGACCAAGCCCACCAGCCUGCCCAUCGGGCGAAUCCCCAUCGUGGCUCAGAACUCAGAAGAGGAGAGCCCUCUGAGCCCGGUGGGAGAGCCAAUGGGCAUGGCCAGAGCCUCAGCUGGUCCUCUACCACCUAUCUCAGCUGACUCCAGAGACCAGUUUGGCUCCAGCCAUUCCCUGCCAGAGGUCCAGCAGCACAUGAGGGAGGAGUCCAGGGCUACACGUGGACAUAGUGGGGUCUACGAUAGAGACAUAGCCUUCAUCAUGGAUGAUCUGGGGGGAGCGAUGUCUGACAGCGAAGCAUACCACCUGAGGAGGGAGGACACUGACUGGUUUGACAAGCCUGCAGAGAGACAACAUCGGGUAAACGGACAAGCUCUGGACAGGAGACAGAUGAAGUUGAUUCCCUAUGUGUAUCCUCACACCCGGAUCAAAGUACAGAGAGACCCCAAGGACAGCAGUGUUUCAGGGAAUGGCCUGGGGAUUCGUGUGGUGGGAGGGAAAGAGAUUCCUGGGAGUCGUGGUGAGAUAGGAGCUUACAUUGCCAAGGUUACGCUCGGGGGAGUGGCUGAACAGACAGGGAAAGUGGUGGAAGGAAUGCAGGUAUUGGAGUGGAACGGGGUUCCUCUGAUGGGGAAGACCUACGAGGAGGUGCAGUGCAUUAUGGGUCAGCCGUGUGCAGAGGCGGAGCUCUGUGUCAGACUUGAUCUGAACAUGCUGUCUGACGCUGAUCACCCCCAGGCCCUGGAGAACCACGCCCAGCUGAAGCCUGGUGACAGGCAGCGCUCUCCAGGAGUGGAUCCUAAGCAACUGGCUGCAGAGUUGCAGAAGGUGUCCCAACAACAGGCCCCUGGGAUGGGGCUGGGUGUGGGGGGGCCAGUAGGGGUCCUUUCUGCCCUGGACCGCUCAGCUCUGUUACACUCAGGCAAUGCAUCGGCCAGCUCUAGUGCCGUCCCCAGCCCCGGCCAGCCUGCCUCCCCAGCCAUCAACAAGAAACAACGCCACAGCACCAAGUCGACAGCAGACGUGCAACUGCUGAAGCCUCAGCCUCGUCCUGUAACAGGGGAAAUACAGCUCCAGAUCCACUACGACAGGAACCUGGGGAAUCUGAUAGUGCAUGUCCUCCAGGCCAGGAACCUUGCUCAGAGAGACCCCAAAGAAUACUCUGACCCCUUUGUCAAGGUCUACCUCCUACCAGGGAGAGGACAAGUCAUGGUAGUCCAGAACGCAAGUGCUGAGAACAAGAGGAGGACCAAGUACGUCCAGAGGAGUCUGAACCCAGAGUGGAACCAGACUGUCAUCUACAAGAACAUACACCUGGAACAGCUAAAGAAAAAGACUCUGGAGGUGACAGUGUGGGAUUAUGACAGAUCUUCCUCCAAUGACUUCCUGGGAGAAGUGUUGAUAGACCUGUCUAACACAUCCCAGCUGGACAACACUCCUCGCUGGCUGCCUCUGAAGGAGCAGAGUGAGAGCAUCGAACACAGCAGAACCCACCACACCGCUCAGGGGCCUGGGGGGCCAGGAGCAGGGACAGGGCCGGGACAGGGGUCCGUUGCGGGGCAAGAACCAGGACAGGGCUUGGGGCCAGUGAUGGGCCUCGGACAGGGGCAGGGACAGAUGGGGGAGUGCCAUGAGUCUCCUAAGAACUCUGUGAUAAAGAGCAGGAGCCACGGGAUCUUCCCUGACCCAGCAAAAGACAUGCAGAUGGUGACUCUAGAGAAAUCCCACAGUAGUCCAGGCAGCUCUAAGUCUUCUUCAGACGGCCAGCUUCGUUCCCAUGGUCCAUCCCGCAGCCAGAGCAAGAGCAGCGUCACGCAAGCCCACCUGGAGGAUGCUGGGAUAGCUAUAGCUGCCGCCGAGGCUGCCGUGCAACAGUCCCGCCUCCAACCAAGACCAGGACACAGGUUGGGGGAUGUGUCUGGGCCGGUGGUGUCCUCAGCCCCCAGUCUGAUGGAGGGGUAUGGGGGUCUGGAUGGAGACGAGGGGGCUGGCACAGGGGUGGACAGUGCCAUCUUCCAGGUCCCAUGCAUAGGGAAAAUCAUCCCCAACGGUCCUGACAAGUUUAGAGGACUGCCACUCUCGCUAUCAGACAGCGAGGGGGGUGGGGGUAAGACCCAGGUGAUGGGUGAGAUCAAGGUUGCUCUGAAGAAGGAGGUGAAACAAGAGGGAGACCAGCUGAUCCUGGAAGUACUACAGUGUAGAAACAUCACUUACAAAUUCAAGAGCCCAGACCACCUACCAGAUCUCUAUGUGAAGCUGUAUGUGGUGAACGUGGCGACUCAGAAGAGGAUUAUCAAGAAGAAGACCAGAGUGUGUCGUCACGACAGAGAACCCUCCUUCAACGAGACCUUUAGGUUCAGCCUCAACCCCACCGGACACUCCCUGCAGUUGUUCUUGGUGUCUAACGGGGGUAAGUUUAUGAAGAAGACCCUGAUAGGAGAGGCCUACAUCUGGCUGGACAAGGUGGACAUGAGGAAGAGGGUGGUCAGCUGGCACAAGCUGCUGGUCAGCUCCACACACAACCAGUCAUGAGAGAUCGACUUGAGAGGACACCGAGGGGUCAACCAGAGGUCAGUGAAGAUCAAUGAAUACUCUUGGUCAAUUGCUGUUCUUUGUCAAGAUGAGGAGUAAAGGAGUUGAGUUACACAGUGCCCUUCAUCCCCUUUGUGUUAUUCUGUAUGAAAAGAAAAGAGAGGGGGAGGAGAAGAAGAGAUAAGAGGGAAGGAAGAGGGGUUGCGGGUACGGACAUGCCCAGAAAGAACUGAUCUCCUGUUCCCUCUCCCACUGCCAUACAUGGACUGUACCCUGAUUCUUAAUUGGACCAAAGACUGUCAGAGACUGUGCCCUGAUUGGAUAGACUGCCAGCACACACACACACACACACACACACACACAAACACUCACCGAGGAAUGAAGAAGUCCUCCACUGUAAGAGGACACACACAUCUCACCACCUCUCAGCUCUCUGCUCGACAUGUCGGAUGCAAAACCUGACGUCAAACAGGACUGGGCAGCAAUAUCACAAAGAUAGUUACCAUGAUGGAACUACUCAUUUCUGUUCUGUCUGGAUCUGAUACGGUUGUUUAUGGCUUAUCAGAUCAUUUUCAUUACUGUGAUUGAUCUGUGAAAAUGUCAGUCAGUCAGUCAGUCAGUGAGUGGGGUUCAAAUUGAUGUAUUUGUUUGUGUGUUUUUGUCCUUGGCUGCUUGAAAAAGUAUGGAAUGUUUGUUGUAAGAUUCUAUUUAUGUUGUGUACAAAAAGUACAGUGCAAUUAUAUGGUUGAUAAGUAAUUAACGAAACCUGACCAUACCUGAACGCUCAAGUCCAGUAGGUGGCAGUAAUGUACCGUUACAGUUUGUUGCCAACAGCCAUAAAACUCCAACUUGACCUUACCUAGAUAGAUGUACAUGUACAUUCAGAUUUAGAUAGAUAUAUGUCAGAAUAUGAAUCAUAUCAGAGACACAGUGUACAGAGAAAUGUUAUUUAUGACCAUAGAUACAUAUAUUACAGACGAUAUGAGGUGUCUCCUCAUGUACAGUUUAUUCUAAAGACUACAUUCUGUACAGACAAGGGUAUGGAAGAAGCACAGACAAUCCGAUCCCUUUAGCUCUGGUGUUAUGCAGUUAUACUGGGUGUUAUACAGUGGGAAAAUAGGAAAAUGCAGUUCAAAUGGUGAAGGUAGAACUCAUAGCACAACUGAGACAUUAGAGGAGAACUACUACAUGGAUAUCCCUCCUCUUACAGGUGGGGAGAAGAGAACAGAUAGAAGAGGAUGUCAGGUCCCUUCCCUUCAAACUCAUUUCAGUCUGAUAUAUUGUGUUGUGAGAGAGCAGUGUGUAGGAAUCUUCCGUCCCCUCCCCUCAUUAUGUCCUGAAUGUUACUCACUGAGGAAGAUCCCAUGAUUUUACUGGACUCAUCAGACUGGUUAUGUUUUUGUGAUGUCUUACGCACAUGUGACUGGAGGCUUAAACAAUCGUUUUGGUUCGAGAGCAAAACCCAGAUUGCUGGCCACCUUGACCAACCUGCAAUCUGACAGAGGGGUGUGUAGCCUCUCUCAGGUGAGUUGCUUUGCUCCCCUGUUUGGGCUGCUGGGCUGCUCACCUAUUCUAUGUUAAAGCAACAGUUAGACACACCUGUCCUCUGCGUGUGUGACAUCACAGUCUGGUUCUGUAAAAAAAUCAUUUAAAAAUAGUUUGCUUAACAGAACACUCAACAUCUUGCUGUAAACAGUACACUGUAAACAGUAGACUGUAAAUUGUACACUGUGCAGUUAGUGUCAGUGGAUGUAAUGCGACAACACAGUGAACCAGCCUUUGUCACUGCCUCUGAUCAAAGCUCUAAGUCAUUACCUAUGUCCCAGUCAUAACAUGGCAGGACACACUGAUACACACUGGGACACACUGAUACACACUGAUAUACAGUCCAGAUCUAUGGGCUCAGAACCAUAUGGCACUACUGUUGUUAGUAUAUUAUUAUUGCCAGUGAUCUAUAUAGUGGAUCAUAGUGAACAACUUCAUCAAGUGACCCUACAGAGCUAGUACCCUCAACCAUACUGUCAGUGUCUGAAGGCAUAUCACUGAGCAACUAGGGAGGACAGAUGCAAUUUCCUAAUAAAUUAAGUCCAUAUCAGAGCCUCGAAAUUCAGACACUGAGUCAAGAUGUCACACAUGUUCAUAAGACAAAAAAACAUGAUUUUAAAGAGGGUUAGUUUUACAGAAAAUGAUAUCGUCGUGCCAACCUUGUUUUGUAUGCAAACCCAUUGGUUGUGUUGAAGUCAUUCUAUGCAACAUAGACCUUGUGUUUGAAUGCAUUUUCUUAACAUGUAAUAUCAGUGAACAUUGUGUCUGAAAAUAUGUAUCUUAUGAAUAGAAAUUUAAUUUAUUUUGGUUUAUAUAUUAUUGAAGAAAAGGAUUUAAAAAAUAGAGAGAGAUUUUUUUACUACUUAACAGCUGUUAUCAUGUACAUGAAGCUUGUGCACUUUAGUAUUACAUCGGUGAUUGAUUUCAUUGUCCUGUGUAAUGUGUCAUGACAUGCAAGUUUAAGUAUCUGUUCCAUUUAGUGUCCAUGUUGAGAUGAUGCUGAGUCAUGUUAUCGGUGCUGUAGGAAGAAGUUCAGACACCACUCUUUUUCAUUUCCAAGGCAAUAGAAAAACAAAAAACAACAUCUCCAUUCACAGACAAUUUAAGGUACAUAUUGAUUCACAAUGCACAAAUCUAAGGAGACAUCAAUCUGUAUGUUUGAUACAACCACCAACACAUGUAUGUAUAAAUCAAUGAUGAUGAGUCUGAGGAAAAAUAAUGAGAGGUUAUUUUCAAUGCCCAACUCCAGGACUGUCCAACAACCCUUAAUGGUCUCCUUAGAUUUCCCUUAGCUAGAUAGUUAAUAUACAUUGUUCCUAAGUCCGUUGCUAGUAAACGUGAAACCAAUCAAACGUGUAUCUGUUGGGUGUGAAUGUGGCAUACUCAUCUGAUCUGUGUAAAUACAAAGUGUUUUUAUUUUCUACAGAGAUUGAUGAAUCAUAUUGUCUGAGAUUCGAGCAUGUGAGUGUAAAAAAAAACACAAAAAAAACUCAAACCUGUCUGUCUGUCUGUCUGUCUGUCUGUCUGUCUGUUUGUCUGUCUGUCUGUCUCUAGUGGUGUGUGUGAGGUACUUAUGUGACCAGACUGUGUUGUCAACCCAUGGGUGUCUGACUGUACAACCAUGUCGCAGACGUCACCGAGCCAACCUGGAUGUUGCAUGUUUUGUUGAUGGUCUGUCAAUAUUUUUGCUUCCAGAUUAUGUUUAAAAAGAGAGAAUAUGUAUAGAUUUAUCGGAAAUGGUAUUCCGACUGUAUAAAGAUUAUGCUUGUAAAAUUGUCUUGUUUUUCAUUCAGUGUAAAAAUGGAGAAUCUAGCGUUCUGGUUUUGUGGUUGUACACAGGAUGUGUUGAGAUAUUAUUAUGCAAAUUGUGCUGUAAAAACCGGCUGUUUAUCUAAAGUCUAAAGAAUAAAUAUAAAAAGAGAUUUAUUCCACAACCUUAAA